AUGACGAGCCCUGAUUCAGAUACAGAAGAGUUGGACGAAGUAUACCUCCACACCGUAACGAUUCGGGGUCGAGAGUUCCACAAGUUCUCCAUCGAUAACCGGAUAGCGUUUGAGCCUGUUGAUGAUGAAGAAGCAGAACGCCUCGACCUCCAGCAUCGAGUGUUCUUCAGGAUCUUCGACAGCCGACUGAUUUUUCCACCGAUCCCUCGACUUCGCAGAGUACUCGACUGCGGUUAUGGCGCUGGAUCUUGGGCAGUCGAUGUGGCUACCCAAUAUCCAGAUUGCAGGGUAAUCGGUCUUGACAUAUCUCCGCAUAAGAAUCCGGAUGACGUGCCCGAGAAUCUAUCGUUACAGGUAGAUGACCUCAACCGUCGAUUUACCUUUCCCUCCAACCAUUUCGACCUUGUUCACUCGAGUCUCCUUGCGACUGGCAUCAACAGAGCCAGGUGGCCGUCCUACCUCGCAGACAUCAGAAGAGUCUUGAAGCCAGGCGGAUGGGUACAGUUGAUCGAAAUAUACUUCAACGUCCAAUCGGACAACGGUUCGAUAACCGAGGAACAUGCUCUGAGACGAUGGAGCAGACAGUUCAUGAGGUCAUACGAAGGAACAAAGGAUCUGCGUGUAGGAACACGGUUGAACACCCUUCUUCGGGAUGGAGGUUUCGAAGAAAUUGACGCGAGAAUGAUUCCUCUUCCUCUUUCGGCGUGGUCGAAUGACCGUAGAAUGCAACAAAUCGGCAUGCUUAAUCGAGAAAAUGUCAAUAAUCUCCUUCCAUCAUUGGCACUAUAUCCAUUGACUCAGAUUUCCGGCAUGCCUCAGCAAGAUUUCCAGGACCUCAUUACUCAAGCACGACGAGAGGCGGAAACAGCGAGCCUGAAGGCGUACUUUCCCUUGUAA